AUGAGUGACCUAGACAAAGCCAUUGCGCAACUGCGCGCAUGUCGACCCAUCCCCGAACCUCAAGUUCGCGAACUAUGUUACAAGGCGCGUGAACUAUUGAUAGAAGAAGGCAAUGUGGUCACUGUUGAUGCUCCUGUUACUAUCUGUGGCGAUAUCCAUGGCCAGUUUCACGACCUCAUGCAACUGUUUGCCGUUGGAGGUGAUGUUCCAGAUACAAACUACCUUUUCAUGGGUGAUUUCGUCGAUCGGGGUUUCUACUCUCUCGAAUCCUUCCUCCUCCUAUUGUGCCUGAAGGUCAGAUAUCCCGAUCGCAUCACCCUCAUUCGGGGUAACCAUGAGUCGAGGCAGAUAACCACCGUCUAUGGGUUUUAUGAUGAGUGUAUCAGAAAAUAUGGAAGUGCAAAUGUGUGGAGGUAUUGUUGUGAGGUCUUUGACUAUCUUGCUUUGGGAGCCUUGAUCCUCGGAGCAACAACUGAAGUCCCUCAACCAACAACUUCUUCUCAAUCUCAAUUCAACGAAUCUCUCAACACCCAAUCCACCAUGCCUCCAGAAGAUGACGAGAUUGAGUCUGAGGUCUUGAACGCUAAUGGCGACAUUCUCUCAAAGACUCUACGUCGACAAUUUGCUGGUUUAAGUCUUAAUUCACAACAGUCAUUCAUGUCAAACCCUUCACGAAUAUCUCCCGCUCCAGAUGUCGACCUACCCAGCCCUCUCGAUCAGAAUCAAAGUCUGCCCUCUCAAUCUUCUCCCCCCUCCGGAUCUCUCUUCACACCGCCAUCAACCACUACUGGUGCCGUACUAUGUGUUCACGGUGGACUUUCUCCUCUGAUAGAAACUGUCGACAAGAUCCGUCUCAUCGACCGUAAACAAGAAGUCCCUCACGAAGGCGCCAUGUGUGAUCUCUUAUGGUCGGAUCCAGACGAGAUCGAAGGCUGGGGUCUUUCUCCCCGUGGUGCCGGUUUCCUCUUUGGUGCCGAUAUUGUUCGACACUUCAACCACAACAACGAUUUAUCUCUCAUUGCUCGUGCUCACCAGCUGGUCAUGGAAGGAUAUAAAGAGAUGUUCGACAAGACCAUUGUCACCGUCUGGUCAGCCCCAAACUACUGCUACAGAUGUGGUAACGUUGCUGCUAUCCUAGAGCUUGGUGAGGAUGGUAGCAAUGGUGGUUGUGUCACCCGAGCCAAUGGCGAUCAAGGUCGAAGAGAACCUGUUGGUGGAGAUGGUUCCGGUGGAGGUAACGGAGUUCUUUGGAAUCUCGCUACUCCUGGUCGUCGCUAUCGUGUGUUCGAAGCCGCUCCCCAGGGUACGAGAGGCAUGCCUGCCAAGAAACCUGUUGGCGAGUACUUUUUGUAA